AUGGGCUGUGGCAAUUCCUCAGCCACCAACACCUCAGGAGACGGGCCAGCAGAUGUCUCCAAUGUGACAGAAGAUCCCUUGGUAGACGAUGAGAAGAGAAUGAACUAUGGUGGCGUAUACGUCGGUAUACCAGCAGACCUGACCGCUGUGGCUGCCAGUCAGUCCACAUGUAAAGAUUAGCAGCUACACUGAAGUGAACACAACACAGGAUUCCCGCAUAUUCAUUCACCCAGAGACCCUCACGUUACCGGCCGAGAGCAUGGAAGCGUUUACCACACACUGAA